CUCCCUAAUCGUUCUCUCCUCUACCUUCCUAAAGAAACAGUCUAGCUCUACGUCAGACCUGGGCAAAAGUGCAGGGCAAGCAAGUCAGUCUCUAAGGAGCUAUUCGUAGGCAUUGCCAAACCUGGGUUAAGGCUGCUCACUCACUCCUCAGUGUUCAGUGCUGUUUAAAAAGGAACACUUUUAAACUGCUGCAGCAUGUGGUAAGUCACCUUUUCUCUGAUUAAUUUUCCCAUCUGUUGGGAAUUUUAAAGUUUUCAAUCACAUGACAGAACUCUGUGACUGGCAGAAUUGGUAAAAAAACAGCCGUAACACGGUGUGUUGGAGACUUUACAAAACUCAGCUAGCAGAUAUUGAGUGAUUUUGAAACCAAUACCAUGACAUGAUGACUUGUGAUCCAAACUUUUUAACAACAUCAUACAGAGAUUUUUUUCAUCAUUUUUCAAUUUGAAUCUUGCUCAUCUCAAAACAAACAUGCCUCAUGCUCGAAAUAGGAACCCAAGCCCCAUCCCUGAGGUAACAUGGGAUACGGGAUUGAAGGAGAUGAACGAAACUUGGAAGGGAGCUAUCGCCUGUCUCGGAGUGGCAAUCUUCUUUGUAAUGACCAUUGGGAUCAUAUACUGGCAAGUGGUGGAUCAGCCCAACAAAAACUGGAUCCUUAAGGGGAGCUAUAGCGGACUCAUCUGGGAGCGACGGACUCACUCUCUGGUCCUACAGACACUGACGGAAGAUAAAACUUAUGCAGAGAUUGAUGUGGGCAAUGUGGGAAACCCUGAUAUUGAAGUGCCAUUUGUUAGGAACCUGUGCUGGCUCAAUAAGACAGAGUUCUGCUACACGUGGGAUUCGGUAGCAGAUGUUAAAAUCUCCUUGGAGGUGAAUGAAGAGAUGGAGACUGAGUGUUACAGCAUAACCUGGUCACCUGUACACUGUCAUGUGGAGCUGAAGGACUGCUUCUCCAUGGCUAACGUGUCUUGGUAUGGCGGUGCCAGUGUCCAAAACCAGAGUUGGCCAAUCAACGAGCAGAAUGUAACCAUGCAGCCUUUUGCCGUCAGCAACCUCAGGGACAACCCUUCUGGCUUUGGUUCUGUCCUGGAGCGCUACUUCCUGGGCUCAUCAGGUGUAGCUGUGCUGGUGUCGCCGGAAGUUCCUCUGCAGAUGGGAAUGGAGGGCCGACACAAUUUUUGCCUACAGUCUCCCUCUAGUUUGGAGCGCACGCCUUUGCAGUACACUGUGUGUGUGGGUCGCAACCUUAGGGCUGUGCAUCAGGAGGUUCUAAAGCAGCUCUCUCCACACAGAGAGCUGCCCAACAUGGAUGUCCUACGGUUGCCUUUCUGGAAGCUGCUGGCUAGUGUGGACUCUGGGCUGAAGGUAGAGAGGGAGUUAAGGACCUUCUCCAAUCGUCUCAGGAGGCACCAGCUGGGGGAGGGGGUCAUCAGCCUCAAUGAACAUUCCACUGCCCUCCUUGCCGACAUGGACCAUGACUACCUCACUGGCAGGAAAAGGGGGAUGUCCAACAGACAGACCAGGGAACUCAGGGAUCUCCCACUUGUCAAGCUUCUAAACAUUUCCAUCACCUUGUCACCGUUCCUGAGCGUGGACACCAACCAGUUCCACAAGUCCCUGCUGGACGGCGCUCAGGCCUACUGGCUCAGCCUCCAGGCAGCCCCACAGAGGCAACUGGUCCCUGUGCUGACCCAGUGGCGAGGGCAGUUCUGCGUGAAGCUGAACAUCAGCAACCCUGAGGCGGUCAGCUGGUUUCUGGACCAGGUGGGCUCACUCAAGGCCCGUCUUGGCAUGGAGUACAUCUUUCUGGAGGGGGCAGAAGAGAACCCGGUGGCUUUUGGCGGUGGGGACCAGUAUAUUGGCCAGCUAGCGGAUGUAGCAGCCAAGAUAGAAGAGCAGGCCAUCAUGACUGUAGGGACAAGGUCAAGCCACAAGCCUGUGUUUGUGCAGAUGCCUCCUCUGCAGUCUGACUGGAGCUCGUCAGGACUGAAGGGCCUCAUUCCGUCCUUGCUUCACCACACUCUGCUGGGGUACAACUUCCUAAUUCCCGAUGCAGUAGGUGGUUCUCUGUCAGGGGACUUUGUGACAGAUGAGGAGCUGUUCAUUAGAUGGCUGCAGAUUGCAGCCUUUCUCCCCGUCAUCAGCUUUGAGACACCUCCCUGGGUGUGUGGGGAGGACCGGGUUCUGAACAUGACAAGGGCCAUGAUUGUGCAGCACCAGGACUUUGUAGUUCCAUUGUUGAUGAGGUACGCCGAGGACUGGAUAACAUCAGGGAACCCUAUUUACCGGCCACUGUGGUGGCUCAGCCCUAAUGAUCCAGUGACGUUCACCAUCAAUGACCAGUUCCUCAUUGGAGACGAGGUUCUGGUUGCUCCGGUAAUAGAGAGGGGGGCAGUAUGGAGAGAUAUUUACCUGCCCGAUGGGGGCUUCCAGUGGCAGGACACCCGCAAUGCCCAGGUGUUUGAUGGGGGAACGCUCCUGGAGGACUAUCCUGUAGCCCUUGAGGAAGUUGCCAUUUUCUUACGAAGGAGAUCAUGAGGCUCUGCAUUGCUUUUUAUGUGACCUCACCGAGUACUCGUUUUUACUCUUUUUUUUUUUUAACUUGUGCUGUUAUCAAGUUGCACUUUUCCACAAAGACCAUUGACAUUGUCUCAAGAAACCAUCUUGAGAUUAGAUGUAGAUAUUUUUAUACUUGCACUUUACAGUUCGAAAAAUAUUUUCUUAAUGACAUUUUCUUAUCCCUUUUUUUUUUUUUUUUACAU